AUGGCGGAGCCCGCGCGUGAUCGCCGCCCCAACCGCCCGCCGGUGAAGUUCCGAGAGGGUUGCAUGAUUUUUGGCAACACUACCCUGGGCCACACCUCCGUGAAAUUCAGAUCGCGGCGCCGUCCAGAGGCUCAGCCCGCAAUGAGCGAAACAGCUGAUAGCAAUCCUGAGGACGUUCCGGAACCCGUGUCGCAGCCGGCGCCAGAGGUCGACUCCGACGUCUUGUACAGAGCACAGCGGAUUUUAGCGAUCCUCGCGGACAGUGGGGUGGUAGCCCCUGCUGGCACCCCAGAGCAAGGCAAAGUCUUGCGCGAAGAGGCCAUAGUACAGUUUGUAGCACGCCAUCGGUGCUUGGCCGAGCUACGCGGCUUCGAUUUGGCCUUGCCGAAGAUCGUUUUCCAUUGGACCCAGGAGAAGAAUUUCGCCGGAAUUGCCAGGGAAGGCUUGCGUGUCCCAGAUGGUGCAGGAGUUGCCGUUGCGCAUGGGAGCUCCUUCGGAAACGGCAUUUAUGUUUCACCAGAAUUCCGGUAUGGCAAAGAGCUGUUUGCCUACGGAGCGCGGGCAGCCUUCAUGUGCUUGGCAUUGCCCGGGAAGCAGCACUUUGGAAAGCCACCCUCUGACGGCACCGGCUUCCUUUCACCAGGUGAUGAAGGCUACGACAGCGUGAUUGGACGCGAAGGCCAGAGAGGUAUUGAUGAGUGGGUAUUUUUCCGGCAGGAUCAGCUGCUGCUGUGCUUCCUGGUGGACGAGCUUGGCCUGGUUAUGGCGAAGGAGGCGGCCUUCUCAGCCAUCAAGGUGCUACAUCAGCCCUGGCCGCAGCGUACAGAGCCAGCCACGCCUCUCUCAGCGCCGCCCAGUGAAGCGCAGGCUGAGGACCUGCGGCGAGGUCGAUGGCAGCCUCAGAAGCUUUGCCCAGCGCUGGCCGCUGGAGAGACCGGCGGUGGCAAGCAGAGCUGGUUCAUGACGCAAAAAGGGGGCGUUCGAUCCUGGAGUGAUGGCGAUCUGCGUGGCGAGCCGCCCGUGUCAGAAAACGCUUUCCGCUCGCCCUCUGGGAAGACGGUUGUGGAGACUCCUAUACCUGAGGUCAUGCAUGUCAUCCCGUUGGGGAUGGCCCUAUUGGUCGUAACGUACAGCAGGCUCAUGGUACUCAUGAUUUGGCGGAAGUACGUGCCAGAAGCACCCAAAAGUCUUCUCAGACCAAUGUCCUUGACUACCGAUCAUGACCCGGAGCGCAAAGAAGAUGUGCUCGUGCUCCUGACUUGUUUUCGGGAGUCGAAGCAGGAGCUUGCGCAUAGCAUCAGCACCCUCCGUGACACGCAAACCUCUGCACGCCUCAUGGUCUUCGUGGAUGGGCUGCAACGUGUCAACAUGGACACCAUCACAAAAAUGGCAGGUGCCGCCGGAGGUGACGUUGAGAUUGCGACACACGAAUGCACAGACGACAAGAAGCUUGAGAUGAAUCAGGGGCCAGUGCCAGAGGAGAUGGCAACACUCGCGUCUCUUUUGUCCCUGCUGCCUUCGGGCCGCGUGCUGCAAGAGCACGGCUGUGUGUGCAUCCGUGGCGAGAUCGAGGCCAGCACUCCUUACGAGAUUUACGUUAAAGGACCCGGUUGUCCCCAGUCCAAGCGUGCCAGUCACGCGUUGUGCAUGUCCAUUCUGCAUGCCGAUUUCGACGCCGGCCGCCCCAACCCCAAAGCUGUUCUGUUGUUGGACGGCGACUGCCGUGUAGAGCCCGCACACCUGGGUGAGAUGUUCCGAUGCUUGCAAGAGCAGGAUUUAGCAGCUUGUGGUCCCUGGCCAGUGCCAGAGAAAGUCCACACCUCCUGCUUGCUGGCACAGGCUGUGCGGGAUGUCAUCAUGCAUCCAUUGGGCUGGAUGGGCCAGAGCGCAGCCCGCUUCGUGUUUCCGCUCAGAGGCUCAUGCGCGAUGUACUCCAUUGAGGCGGUGAGGGCCGUGCAGUCAGACUACUGCGAAGGCGUCCGCGAGGAAUCUGUGCUAGAUUCGAUGAUGAUCGAGAACGGUGAGGACAGCUACAUGACGAACCUCGUCCACGAAAAAUGCCCUGGCAACGGGAUCCGGUUCCUGCCUCACUGCCAUGCAACCCGGCUGGCAAGAGAAUCCGUUUUCGCAUGGGAGCUCUCAAUCUAA